UUUUUUGUCGAAAGCAGACGGGAAUUUAACAAAUAUAACGAAGCAAGCGUUACAUCGCAUUAAACGACAUUAGAAAUUAAUUACGGUAACAAUAGUAAGCAGUACGAGUUCAAGUCAAAACUCUAUGUCAGCCCGAAAAUUGAAAUAAAGAAAAGAGAAAAAGUCGGAAUAGAAAAUAUUAUCGCUUGUUUUUUUUUUUUUCCUUUCCUGUUGUUUUUGCCGAUAUUAUGUCCAUUUUUGGUGCAGAAUUUGAAAAGAUAUGGCCUGCGGCUGGCUCAUCUCUAAAUUUCUCCGAUUACGGUAAAACAUUAUUAAAGAAGUGUCUUGAUGUAAAGAAACCGGAAACAAUAAAUGUCGACAUUCACGAAUUUAAAAGGAAGUCUUCCAACUUUCCCCUAGAGUUUGGCACCAACACCUGCCGCGUAAUAAGUCAACCCAAAGACCGGUAUCCUUACAUAGAAAGGCAAAUAGCUUCGGCUUAUCCCAUAAUACAUGAGCGUGUCUUGAAACUGUAUUUAGAUUUCUUGGAACAUAAAAGCAAUUACGGCAACGAUAUUGAAAAAGAGAUAUACGCUCAACUAAAUGUCACUGAAUUCGUGCAACGUCUACUGACCGAACGUUGUGCCAGUUUCUUUGGUAAAAAUGAUAAGUAUCUGUUAAUGUCAAGGGUGCGGGGCUGUAGUGGCUUCAUGCAAGUGGGAACGAAAGACGAAAAACCGCCAUUAAUACUUAGAAAUGUUUUAAGUUAUGACGAAAUUAAGCUAUCAGCUUUUUUAUCGGUCUCAUCCUACACCGAAUUCAUAAAUGAUGGUAAGCGGGAAAAUUGCGGUGUUAUUGAACAAAAUAAAGAGCGCAUAGAACGCGAAGGUCUAGUAAUCGGUAUUAUUGGCGCCCGUUUAAAUCGUCGCAAUGUUAUGGAAUUUCAAGAUAUUAUCAUAAGCGAAACCCAAAAUACAUCGGAAAAUGGUUAUGGCCUGCGAGAAGAGAUGACUGCUACAAAUAAAGCUCAAGAUUAUAGACGUUUGUGGACAGAAUUUUAUGAACAAUCUGAUUUUUUAUAUCAGCAAGUUUCGAAAGAUAAUCAACGGUUUGGUGAAUGUAAAAACAUGAACGAUAUAUUUGAUAAUUUAAUUAUGAAAAAACGUUUGACGAUAUCCUUUGAUACCUUAUUAAUGGAGAGCGAAGCAAGAGCGCAAGAGCAGAACAAACUGGCCUAUAUUCAUGUCGUAGGUAUAGGUUUGGGGGUGUGGAAAGUCGCCGAACAACAAGAGAAAAUCUUUCUCGAAUGCUUUCACCAAAGAAUCAAACAUUUAUUGCCAAAAUUAAAUCAUAUCGGAGUUAUACACUUUUCCUGGUUUCAAUUAAACGAAUGGGAGGAUUUAAAGAAUAAUAUAAAAAUUGAAUCGGAAACACAUCCGAACGAAGGCAUUCACAUUUAUAUCAGCAAGAGGAAUCCGGCCGAUAAACUGACUUUACCGGAACAUAAUGACAUGCUAUUAAUAGUUUCGUAUGCCUGGGACGGUAAUGCUUUGCCAGGCAAUGAAUUUUGGAUGAAAAUGUUGAAAUCUACAUGCGAUUCUUCUACUGCUUGCAGUACUUUGAUAACCGAAUUACAUAAUCCGUUCAUAAAUGAGAAUCAGGUUAAUGGCAAAAAUCUUCAUAUAGCUUCGGAAAAGUUCGGUGUUUUACAUAUAGCGGACUAUGUAAAGAAGAUUUUAGUUUAAUUGUUACGCCUUUUCCAUCUGUAUUAUCAAUCAAUUUAUUGUGAUUUUUUUUGUUCAAUAUUUAAUCAUUAAUAUUUAUUAUUUAAAUUAUCUAAUAAAAUGCAAUUGUCAAAUAAAUUGUAAAUUUAUUCAUUUUGCUCGAGCUAGGUGUUGCAUGUGCAAGGCGAGGACUGAGACUGUCUGUGUUGGUUUAUAGUGAAAGCGUCAGGGAUGUUUACAAAAGCUUUAAAUUACGCGUUUGUCGGCACUUGUCAAUCGAGAUUUGGAUAAGGUUUCUCGUGAGUUCCAUUUACUCAGAAAAUAUACGUAAGUAUAAGUAUGCUUCGUUGGCUGGAAUGUAACUUUCGCAAUACGGGAUCUUACUCUACACUGUCCUUCCUUGCAAAAUGAUUGAAUUAAUUGGAAGUGUACGCCUUCGCGUUUAUUAUCGUUUGUCAAUCUUCGUGUAAUGUUCCCCUUUAAGCAGACCUUAUAAUGGCAACUGAGUAAUGAUUUAAACUCUAGUGUUCCAUGCACUUUCUCCUUAUCCUUAUAAAUCUGUCAUUCGCUUCUUUUUCUUUUUAUGCCAAAAAAUGUUUGUC